UCGGCCCACGUGGUGAAAAUUUGCUAUUUUUGUAAAUAAUGGUUAUGUUACAAGUUAUUUCAUCUAGCUGAGCCAAAAUCAUGGGUAAACAAAAACGAACACAUAACUGGCAAGCCAGGAUUCAGAAAGAUGUGUCUGUUGAUAGAUCUGAAGAGAAAAAGAUAAAACUAGACCUUGGUAACAAAACUGAUGAUGGUUAUGAAGAGGACACCAACCAACUUGUUCUGCCAAGCAAGAAAAGAAAGACUGUGGUGAAAGAGGAUGCCAAGUCAAAGAAGAGACUCCUUAAUAAGAAACAAAGGAAAAGGCUAGAAAAAAUAGUGGAACAGAAAGAAAAGAAACAAAAGAGGGCCGGGCUGCUGGAGUCAUUAGCUGCUAUACAAGCUAGUCAUGAUGAAUUAAAACUUCUGACAUCUACGGCUGAUAUUCAUAGUGGUAAAAAAAACUGGAAUGUUAAACUUGAACAGACAGCGUCUGGUGAUGUGAAGAUCAAUGCUAUAAGUGGUAGCAAUAAAAAACCAAAGAGAAAAGUGACAGAAAAGGUGGAAAAGAAAAAAGUUGAGGAGGAAAGUUCGUCAGAGUCAUCAUCGGAAGAUGAAGAGGAGGAAGAGGAGGAGGAGGAAAUUGAGGUUGAGGAUGACAAAGUUGAUGAUGUUGUUGCUCAGGACGAAGUUACAAAGCAGAAGCCUUUUGAAGAUGACAGAGAGUCAAGAUGUGUAAAGGAAACAGUUAAGGCUCCUAAACAUGCAAUGCCAGGGAAGCACAUUCCAGUAACACAUAUUCCUCUGAGGAGAAAACCUAACAUACAAGAACAGCGCUUGAAGUUACCCAUUCUUGGUGAGGAGCAGGUGAUUAUGGAAACCAUCAAUGAAAACCCUGUUUGCAUUCUCUGUGGAGAGACCGGAUCGGGCAAAACUACUCAAGUCCCUCAAUUCCUUUACGAAGCAGGAUAUGCACACAAUGGUGGUAUCAUUGGAAUAACUGAACCAAGGAGGGUAGCAGCCAUCAGUAUGUCACACAGGGUUGCUGAGGAAAUGAACUUGUCAACCAGAGAGGUGUCCUAUCAGAUCAGAUACGAGGGCAAUGUGACUGAUGACACGAAGAUGAAGUUCAUGACUGAUGGUGUCCUACUCAAAGCUAUACAAAGGGAUUUUCUCCUGACUUCAUACAGUGUGAUCAUUAUUGAUGAAGCCCACGAGAGGAGUGUCUACACUGAUAUUCUGAUUGGUUUAUUAUCGAGAAUUGUACCCCUCAGGCACAAGAAAGGCAACCCCUUAAAGUUGAUCAUCAUGUCGGCCACAUUGAGAGUAGAAGAUUUCACAGAAAACAGACGAUUGUUCAAAGAAACUCCACCAGUCAUCAAGAUUGAUUCGAGGCAAUACCCAGUCACGAUACAUUUCAAUAAAAGAACACCUGGGGAUGACUACCUGGGUGAAACAUUCAAAAAGAUUAGUAAAAUUCAUCGUAUGUUGCCUGAGGGUGGUAUCCUGGUGUUUGUGACUGGUCAGAAUGAAGUGCACUCCUUGUGCAGGAAACUCAAGCAGAUGUUUCCCUACGUGAAGAAAACGCAACAAGAAGAACAGGAGGCUGAGGCAACAGAAUCGAAAUCUAAAAUGAAUUUACCUAAGAUAAGCCUUGACAGUUACUCUACCCUACCAUUCGGUGAUGAAGAAGCAGACAUGGAGAAGGCAGAGGAGGAGGAUGAGUUCAAUGAAGUAGACGACAGAGACAGUAAUAGUGAGGAGGAGGAGGGGCCUGAGGGGGUGUCGGAGAACCACCAACCACUUUAUGUCCUGCCACUGUAUUCAUUACUCUCAUCAGACAAACAGAAGAAGGUCUUCAAGCCACCACCAGUUGGCAGCAGACUCUGUGUUGUGGCCACAAAUGUGGCAGAGACGUCCCUUACCAUUCCAGGUGUCAAAUAUGUGAUCGAUGCUGGGAAGGUCAAGACGAAGUUUUACGAUAAAGUGACCGGUGUAUCAACAUUUCAAAUUACUUGGACUUCAAAAGCUUCAGCGAAUCAGAGGGCUGGACGAGCUGGAAGGACUGGACCUGGUCACUGUUAUAGGUUAUACUCGUCGGCUGUGUUCAAUGAUGAGUUUGAAAAGUUUGCGCAACCAGAAAUGACCAGACGACCAGUCGAUGACCUCGUGCUCCAGAUGAAGGACAUGAAUAUUGACAAAGUGGUCAAUUUCCCUUUUCCUACGCCACCUAGUCAAGAAGCAUUGCUUGCUGCGGAGAGACUGCUAACCAACCUUGGUGCUUUGGAACCACAGCAGAAAAGGAAGAAAGGUGCAAAGAAUGUUCCAAGUGCCCGUAUAACACCUCUUGGAAGGACGAUGGCUUACUUCCCAGUGUCGCCGAGAUACGGCAAAAUGUUAGCAUUAGGACACCAGCACGAUCUCCUACCGUAUGUUGUAGCCAUUGUCGCUGCCCUAUCAGUCCAGGAAGUCUUCAUAGAGACAAUGGCGCCACCAACUAAUGAUCAAGAGAAAGAAGAAUUCAAGCAGAAGAGAGUGUUCAUGAUGAAUGUGAGGAAGAAUUGGGCAGGAAUGGGUCACUCUUUACUCCUUGGUGAUCUGAUGGUUCUGUUGAAGGCCGUCGGUGCAUGUGAAUACGCUGGCUGCACACCAGGCUUCUGUGGCCAGCAUGGCAUACGUCUAAAGGCUAUGAAAGAGGUCAGGAAGCUCCGGGCUCAACUGACUAAUACAGUUAACAGUGUUCUCUCCAAUGCUAAUCUCGUUCUCGACCCGAAGAUGACACCACCCUCUGAUCUCCAGGCAAAGCUUCUGCGACAGAUAGUAUUAUCAGGUCUUUCUGAUCAUAUAGCAAGGAGACUUCCAGACCCCGUCUCAGGUACUUCAGAAGAAAAGAAAAAGAAAAAGAAUGCAUACGAGACAAUGAUUCUUGAAGACCCAGCGUUCGUCCAUCCAAAUUCCGUUCUCUACAAACAGAAUGCUCAGUUUGUCCUGUUUCAAGAGAUAGUGGAAACCUCCAGGCUUUACAUGAGGGGCGUAUCAGUCGUUGAACCUGAAUGGCUGCCCACUUUUGCCCCACAUCAUUGUCAGUUCUCCAAGCCGCUGGAUGAUCCUCCCCCACGGUAUGACCGGGAUAUAGGAAGUGUGAUGUGUAACAUGACAGCCUGUUAUGGUCGGUGUUCCUGGGAGCUCCCUGUUGUAGAGUUAGAGUAUCCAACGAGUCUAGAAAAGUACAAGUACUUUGCGAAGUUCCUGUUGGAAGGUGCUGUAUUUCCGUUGCUGAAGAAAUUCACUGCUGUCCUCUUAUCGACCCCAGCGACGAUGAUCAAGUCUUGGGCCAAACUCCAGCCACGUACAGAAACCUUGCUCAAAGCCCUUGCCGCAGAAGGUUGUGAUAGCAAGACACAUCUUGAAAAAGCAUGGAAAAAAGAUCCCAAUUAUUUAUACCGAGAAUACACCGAGUGGAUCCCCCAAUCAUUACACAUGGAACUCAAACAACUAUGGCCACCGUUAUGACCAUCUUCCAUAGGAUACAUAAACUGGUGCUUGGGUUCAGGAAUGGAUAGGAUGUUUUAGACUUUUGUAAAGCUGUGAUGAUUCCGCCAUUGGUGUCUUUAUUUGAGUACUUUACACCCGUCAGAACUCGGUAGGAGAUUCUUUAGAAACCAACUUGGACCUUCACUUCAGUUGCUGAAUACUGGUAUAUUGGCUUUGAACCUUGUUGCUGGUUAAGAUUGAAAUAUCCUGUUGAACUGAGAUCGAAU